GAGAGUUGAGAGAGAGAGAGAGAGAGAGCUGUCGUUGGUGAGAGUAGCAGAAUCUGAGUCUGAACCCCCAAAAAAAAAAAAAAAUGGUGGUGUGAGUCUGAGGACCAUUUCUUCUUCUUUAGAACGAUGUGAAAAGAGUGAUUCGAAGAAGAACCUCUCUGGUCUCCUUCAACAGUCGGCACUGUGGAUUUUUUUUUUCUUUCUUUACUGAAAAUUCCAAAAAACGCCAUUCACUGGUCUUCAUUCGUUUGAUCAGCGUCUGGAAUAAAUUUUGAAAAAAAAGGAGGAAGGAGGAGGUGGAGGAGUUAAAAUCCAUGGCCGUGGUUGAGAAUGCUGGAGUGGAAUUGGGGAGGAACGUGGGUUCGGCUUCGUCAAAUAGGAGCGUGGAGGAGGCGGCGGCGCGUGGUGGUGGAGGAGGAGGUAACGAUCAGGAUCAGCCGAAGCACAAUGGUUUGCAUCAGAGCAGCAAUGGUCCGAUUCUGAGGCCUCACGAUCAGGGCCUUUUCAUGAAGGCUGUGCCGGCGGCGCAGGUGGUUCAGUUGGGGUUUGAUCAUGGCGCGAAGAUCGGAGGCCCUCAGUCGAUGCAGACAGUGGGAGUGGGGUCUGUUCAUCAUCAGCGAUCGAACGGUGGGGAUUUGCAGAUGAAUGCGGAUCAUGACGGGGAGAGUUUUAACCGGGAUAUGAGGGAAUUGAGGGAGCUUUUCUCCAAGCUUAAUCCCAUGGCGGAGGAGUUUGUGCCUCCUUCACUUGCUAACAACCCUGGAUUAAACGGUGGGUUUAACAAUGGCUUUGGUCUUUUGCUUAACAACAACGGCCACAGAAAUGGAAGCGCUAAUGGCUUCAAUGCUCGACGGAGGAACAGCCAAGGAAAACGGAGAAUGAACAGCAGGACUAGUAUGGCACAACGGGAAGAUAGAAUUCGAAAAACUGUUUAUGUUUCUGACAUUGAUCAACAGGUCACUGAAGAACAGCUUGCAGCUCUUUUUGUCACUUGUGGACAGGUUGUUGAUUGCCGAAUUUGUGGUGAUCCAAACUCAGUACUUCGUUUUGCCUUCAUUGAGUUCACUGAUGAAGAAGGUGCAAGGGCUGCUUUGAGUCUCGCAGGGACAAUGCUUGGAUUUUACCCUGUUAGAGUACUGCCCUCUAAGACAGCUAUUGCACCAGUUAACCCAACAUUUUUGCCAAGGAGUGACGAUGAACGCGAGAUGUGCGCAAGAACCAUUUAUUGUACAAAUAUUGACAAAAAGGUUGCUCAAGCUGAUGUUAAACUCUUUUUUGAAUCAGUCUGUGGAGAGGUUUAUCGCCUAAGGCUGCUUGGGGACUAUCAUCAUUCUACUCGUAUUGCCUUUGUUGAGUUUGUAAUGGCUGAAAGUGCAAUUGCUGCUCUCAAUUGUAGCGGUGUGGUUCUGGGGUCAUUGCCUAUAAGGGUAAGCCCAUCGAAAACGCCAGUUCGGCCCCGAGCUCCUCGUCUUCCGAUGCAGUGAGCUGUAUGAUCCACUGUCCAGACUGAUAAUUUUUUUGUUAUGGUUCCAGAUGAAGUAUGUUAGUAUAUGACAUGACACCCAUGUAAAGAAAGAUGUUUUUGAUGUCUGUGGUCAGUCUCUCUUUCCCUGCCUGGGAUCUUUUGAUAUUAUUACUAUUGUAGUAGGGGUUAUUAUGUUUAUUUUUAGAUUAUAGAGUUGGGACAGAACCUCGAGGCUUUGGAAGAUUUACCUGUACCUGAAUUAUUUGGGAUUUUUCCCAAAGAUUAGAACACUUUCAUGUUGUUCUCUGA